GGCAACCUGGGUACCCCUUGUCUUCGUCAUCUAGACGCCAUAUUGAAAAUUACCCAGAACACCCUGGGGACGAGGUAGGGACAUCACCAACGUACGCCAUGUGAGGGAAGCACUAGUUUUGCGACGUUUUACAGGAAUGACAAAAACAUCAAGAUCAUGGGCACAACAUGGUGUCAGACAAUCAUGACCUUGUCCUGAUUUUCAUGGCUUCACAUUGCCCCUGGUGUGCAAAACCAACAAGAAACUUCAAGCAUUUCCAUCUGCCACCACUUGCUGCUAUAAGAUCAUCAUAGGAAGGCUUUGCCAUCCAAGCCUUUGUUUGGAUGGCAGGCAGGUUCCCAAUCAAUAGAGACUCGGAGAACUUCUCAAGACUCUCGCGUCUUCUCAUUGAUGGCGGGACAGAAGCGCUUAGAAGCGUGUUCAAUCGGCUCCACCCUUCCCUUAGCCAUUCCUUGAGUCUCCACAGAACAACCCUGUGUGGCUUAUGGAAACCUCCAAGAGGCAAAAAGAAGAUACUCUAUGAUAGUCAGUGGUAUAAACUAUACCCACCCACUGGAUCACCAAGCCUACAGGAUUUUGACAUCACUCUUCUUUUUGUCCUCUUGAGGAGCAUUUGUCCCUCCCUGUCGCCUCCUGCUACAGGGUGGGAUACAUUGCCGAACACGACCGAUAGCUCUCUUGAAGCCAACCUUGUUAGAAUCAAGUUCUACAGGAAUGAGCUAUAUGGGCACGUUGAUGCUGCAGCUUUUGAUGAUGCGGAGUUUGAAGACUACUGGAAAAAGAUAUCUCUCCCUCUCAUCGCUCUGGGCAUCAGUGCAGAUGAAAUAGACGAUCUUAAGACACGCCCAUCAGGAGCUACCGACUACGUAGCAUUACUUGAAGAAUGGAAGGAGGCGGAUGUCGAGCUGUCCCGAGAAAUAAAAGACGAGAGUAAUCGUGUUUGCAAGAAAGUCAAGGAAACCGGUCAGAGUAUCAGCAAGGAAAUCCAGGAUUCAGAGAAGAGUAUCAGCAAGGAGAUCCAGGAUUCAGAGAAGAGGCUGAUCCGGGAUUUCAAGCACAGUUUGAUUAGACCCAUCCACGAAGUCCAUCAAAAGCUCGAUGAUGUGACGAACAAAGACCCGGAUGAGGCUGAAAGGGUUGAGCUUGCCAAACAGGAGAAAGCUGUGAACGAUUGGAAGGAGUAUCUUAUAGAGGAGUACACAUCUGGAGAUGCCUCACAUAUCACCCCACUGCCCUGGCUUGAAUUUGAACCUUAUUUUUCAAUUGAAAACAUGUACAAGGAGCCGUGCAUUAGGUCUCAUGAUGGUUCCACAGUGAAAAUGGGGGACUUAUUUAAGUCGGGGUCAAAGAGUAAAACCCGUAGAGUACUCCUUGAGGGGAACCCUGGAGUUGGGAAGAGCUCACUUUGUAAGAAACUGGUGAACACCUGGGUGAUUGAUCAUGAGCACCCAAAGAGAUGCGAUACUAGCAGUUCAUCUGGUACAUCCUUCUACGGUGCAUUUCCAGACGAAGUUGAAGUCGUGUUGCUAGUGCAGUGUCGUGAUUUAGAAGAUGCCAGCGACUGGAAAGAUAUUCUGCGUCAAACGGUCCCUUUGAGUUAUUCAGACGAGGACAAGGAGCGAAUAAUCAGAUACAUUUGCGGUAAUGAAGAGCACAUCGCUUUGAUUCUCGAUGGGUACGAUGAGCUUCCGAGUUCUGCAGAGAAGUCACUUCAUCCUAUCCUUAUUAAAAAGGCUCUACCAAAAUGCUACACCGUUGUUACGAGCCGUAAGAAUAUGAUGCGACAGGAGUUGAAGAACCGUUUUGAGAAGACACUUGAAAUAAAAGGAUGGAGUGUGGAAGACGCUAAACAAUUGAUUUCCGACUACUUCAGCUCAUCGCCUGAUGUAGCCGAUAAGCUGUUGUACUUAGUAGAACAUAAUGACCAUGUGCGGGAGGAACUUGUUCUUAACCCACUGCAUUCUGCUAUGCUUUGCCUGGCCUUUGAGGACAACAAGGAAAUACCUCAAACAAGCCUAAAUAUCACUUCAUUGUACACAAUUAUUGUUUCCCUCACCACUAAGAGAUACAGGAGUAAUAGAGGGCUCGACAUUGAGGACAGUGGGAUUGAAAACAGGAAGAUUAAGGAGCAGCUAUUAGAAUUGGGAAAGUGUGCUUUUACAGCACUUCUGGAAGACAAAUUAAGCUUUACAGUGGAAGACCUACCAGAAGAACUUAAGGAUAUGGGUUUCCUGUUCAAGAACAAGUUCGCAAAGAAAACCCAAUGCCAAGUCACGUUUUCCUUCGUGCAUAAGUCGAUUCAAGAUUAUUUGGCGGCCCUAUUUUUUGUCGAGGGCUUGGCUAGAGGGAACGCUAACGUGUUUGUCGAUAGACUAUAUAGAAACAUCUUCUUUCGCUAUGAUUUAGCCCUAAUGAUCGGUCCAGACAGGGCUUGUGCUGUUGUCAAGUGUCUCGCUGGAUUACUGGUAUCUCGAGGAUGGACUUUCCCUCCGGCCUCUAUUCCUUUUGAGAAAUUUGGGUUUAGGUUCGAUAAUCAGGCUAUAGUAUACUUGAUUUGUGAGUUUCUACACGAGGCCAUGCGUGUGCAUAAGUCUAUUCUUGCUGAGGUCAUCCACCUUCUUCCACAGCUGAUUGAAAUCCAUCCUAACAGGAUGUCGUCGAAUGCUGUAUCCGGUCUGUGUUACUGGCUGUCGUACCGACAGCCAGUAAGUGGCUCGGUGCCACUUACUGGAAAGGAGUUGAAUGAUAACCCAGGUAUUAGAGAACUACACCUAUUCAACGUUACUAGUGAAGCAUGUACUACCAUCUUGUCAUGUGUUAAAGAGAGUGUUUCACUAAGAACUCUGCGGUCAACAGAGUUUUACACUUAUCCAUUUUUUGGCACCUGCUGUAUUAGUGACGGUUUGGCAGAUGUAUUAGUCCACAAUCAAGUGCUAGAUAGGUUAGAUUAUGAAGUAAGCUCUGAUUGCACUACACUCCUGCUUGGCUGGAUUACCGCUGGUCUAAAAGAAAACAAGUCCUUGAGAAUCCUGACGCUUGACAAUUUGGGUAACUGUAGUGAAGAUUCCUUCGUGGCUUUUGCGGAGGUGCUAUCAGGCAAUAUGGGACUGGAAGAGCUAACACUUGGAGGCUUGGACUCUUGGCAGUUGGCUGUUCUUGCAAGAGCCUUGAAGGGGAAUCUGUCUAUCAAGGGCCUCACCCUACGGAAUUAUGGUCCUAUAUUUUAUGAUGAUGCCGUUGCUAUGGCAGAGAUGAUAUCUAAAAACAAAGUCAUAGAAAAACUGGAUUUUAGCCAGGAUUUCAGGCGUUUCUUUGAUGGAAAGAGUGUUGUCAAGCUUUUUGACGCCAUGAUACAAAGCACGUCCCUAAAGUCACUGGGAAGCAUUGAUGUAUUUAAUUUUGAUGACGAUAUUCUUACUAAACUCUCCGAGCUAAUAAGAAAGAAGAGAACAUUGAUAAACGGGCUGCGACUUUUUGGGUGGUGGAGGCCAACUCGUGGAUGUCAAGUCUUCGCGAAUGCACUUGCUGCCAGUAACAUAAGUACAUUAAUGCUUACCUUUGCAUCUGACUUUGAACCUACAGUUUUAAGUUCGAUUAUCAAGACACUAAAGACGAAUACAUCAAUCACGACCUUCAAUUUGGACCUUCAAAGCAAAACAUCCAGUGCAGAUUUGGCGGAUCUGUUAUCAGAAAACAAAACGAUCGAACAUCUAAGAAUCUAUGAUUUACAUGGCAGCAUUGCCGCCAUUGCUAGUACACAAAUGAAAAACCCUUCGCUGAAGGCUCUACAUAUUCGUUGUCCAAAUGAAGUAUCGAGCGAAGAUGCUGCUGCCUUUGCAGAAAUGCUAUCACACAACCAAGUGUUAAGAGAACUUUGCUUAGAAGGAAAUAUUGAAGUCGAGGGUGCAAUUGCUAUAGCUAGCGCUCUUAAGACAAAAUCUGUCCUCAGAGAACUUAGUCUCUAUAGUAAUAAUAUCGGAGACAAGGGUGCAAUAGCUAUAGCUAGCGCUCUGAAGACAAAUUCUACCCUUGAGAACCUAGAUCUCCGACGUAAUAAGAUCGGAGACGAGGGUGCAAUAGCUAUGGCUAACGCUCUGAAGACAAAUUCUACCCUUGAGAACCUAGAUCUCCAAGAGAAUAAUAUCGGAGACGAGGGUACAAUAUCUAUGGCUAACGCUCUGAAGACAAAUUCUACCCUUAGGAGCCUCGAUCUCCCACAUCUAAUAAAUCGAAAAAUAGGAGAUAAGUGCGAUGUUGCUUUCGCCGACAUGCUUUCCUGUAACUCGGUGAUAGAAAAUGUGAAUAUUGGAAUAGGUCGUCUAAGAUUUUCUUGUAAAUUUGGGGGCAUUCAAAGGCGUCAAUCUUCCCGACGGUAGAGUCGUCUGUAAAGCAAUAUAACUUGAAUGUUGUUACAAGAAGCAGCCCUUAAUUGACAAAGAAAGGUAGGGGAAGUGUAGAAUAAAGCGUUAAAGAAAAUAAACAAACAAACAAAC